UGACGUCGAUGCCCAGGCCUUUAAAAUUGCAUAUGGUUCCAUGCGUGUUUGUAUCGUGGGAAUGUGGAAAACAUUGCAGGAGUUGGUUUUGAUUUAGUGUCCGCGAUACGUAAAAUGGGCAAUCAGAUGACACGUAUCGGGAAUGCGUCGCAUAAAAAGGCGGAAUCUGCGACGGUGACUGCAAAUGCGCAAGGUGCGAAUGCCGUCGCGAGAAGUGCCAGCAAGAGCGAGCCGGAUCAUAAUUCUCAUAUGCAAUUUUUCCCGAUCGAAAGUCUAGCGAAGAUACUGUCAAAUCUUACCUAUCAGGAAGAACAUGUUCAUGGCAUUACCAAGUCUGUGUUCGAAAAGUACUUAUUUCCUAAUCAUCCUGAAUUAAGUGAGAAACUUUUUACUUAUCUGCACCAUAAUGCCCAUGCUACAACUGCUUACAUAAGUACAGGAGCUUUCAAACAGCAAGCUGAAAAAUUCCUGUCAGUAAUAAACGAUCAAACUAUAUUGGAGAAUUACAUAAAAAUGUACUCCAACUUAAAGGAUGGUGGCAAUGUUACACCUGAGACACUGAGGGCAUUGUUAACAUGUUGUCAUCAACUAGCAAUGGAAAACAAUAGCACUGGCUUGUGCCUUCACUCACAGCAGAUAAUAAAUGCAGUUGUUGUUUCAUGUUUUCACGGCAAAAGUAGCUUAUCCACGAGUUAUGUGAGCAACUGGAUCGGUCAGCAUUGUCCGCGCAUUGUCAAUGGCUUGCAACGAUACGUGGUGCACGUGUUGACGACUGCUUAUCGUAAUGGUAAAGCUCUCCUGUCGAAGGAACAGCCGCAGCCACCUAUUGAGAUCCCGACGCCCGUAGUGGAGAAAAUAGAUUUCGAGUAUCCUCGAACUUUGUUGCCAAUGAGCUACGUCUGGCUAUUGUCGUGCACAUUACCGCAAUGUUACCUUCAGACCAACGAUUCACCGAAGGACAUAACUCACGCUUUGAUAGCUGGAAGAACAGGCAGUAUUUGUCCAAGGCAUUGGACGUUACUGUACAGUAGCGGGGAGCACGGGACCGGGGCUAAUCGCUUCCUUCACCAUGUAUUAGGUUACAGAGGUCCUACUCUACUAUUUAUAAGAGCUGCUAGUGUAGAAAGCGACGAGGAAUAUGCGACGUAUUGCGUGUGCUCGGCUGUUGAGUGGCGAGAGAGUCAUCUCUAUUGGGGCGACGAUGAUUCGAUGGGCGUUCAACUCACUCCGUCCUAUAAAAUCAUAGAAAAGGGACCGAAGACACUGUAUCUGAAUACGAAUAUCAGGGGUUAUCCGCACGGACUGCGAUUUGGCAGCGAUCCGCGUUCACCGUUCAUCAGUAUCGACGAAUCAUUCCACUCGGUAGUGAUCGCGGGCGCCCCUUGUCGCAUCGCCAGCCUGGAGGUCUGGGGUUGUGGCGAUACGAAACUGAGAGAGAAACAGCUGGAGAUUAAGAAGUGGCAAGUGAAGGAAGCGGAGAAGCAGAGGGUCGUGAAGUUAAGCGCCAGCGACUGGUUGGACCACCCCGAUCGUUAUUUACUGGAACUAGCUGGCAGAACAUCUUAUAACGAAUCUAACAAGUAAAGCCGCAAAGAGAGUGCGCGUGCCUAAAUAACUGCUCAUAUAUUUUAUUUUGUACAUAUGUAUAUAGCGCCGGAGGUAUUGCCGGAAUUUCUGUACUUAUAUAGUGCACGUUACAGAGCGUGCGUGGAAUGUGAUUAUUACUUACGUGAAAUAUAUCAGGGGCUUAUGCUUGCCGUACUUAAGCACAAGUGCCAAAGUUUCUAACA